CUCCGUGUUGUGUUUCCGGCCGCUCAGCCUGCGCACAGACAGACGCUGGACGUUAAACGGGGACCUGUUGAAUUAAUGCAGGUUUUGGAAACGCCGUGAUUUUCCGCGAUGAGGGCCGUUCCUACAUGGAUAGAUAAAGUCCACGACCGGGACAAGGUGGAGCAGUGCAUUUAUGAUCUGGCCUUCAGACCCGACGGCUCUCAGCUCAUCGUUGCGGCUGGAAACAGAGUUCUGGUGUAUGACACUGCAGAUGGGACGCUCAUCCAGCCGCUGAAGGGCCACAAAGACACAGUGUACUGCGUCGCUUACGCCAGAGAUGGGAAGCGCUUCGCCUCUGGUUCCGCAGAUAAGAGCAUCAUCAUCUGGACCUCAAAACUGGAGGGAAUCCUCAAAUACACGCACAAUGACUCGAUCCAGUGCGUCAGCUACAACCCCGUCACACACCAGCUGGCCUCCUGCUCCUCUGGAGACUUUGGGCUGUGGUCCCCGGAGCAGAAGUCUGUGUCCAAACACAAAGUGAGCAGUAAGAUCACCUGCUGUGGGUGGACGAAUGACGGUCAGUAUCUGGCUCUGGGAAUGAUGAACGGAGUGGUCAGCAUCAGGAAUAAGAACGGAGAGGAGAAAGUGAAGAUCGAGCGUCCAGGAGGCUCUUCAUCACCUGUCUGGUCCAUUGCCUGGAACCCCUCCAAGGAUGAGCACAAUGAUAUCCUGGCGGUUGCAGAUUGGGGACAGAAGCUCUCCUUCUACCAGCUGAGCGGGAAACAGAUUGGGAAGGACCGGCCGCUGACCUUUGACCCCUGCUGCGUCAGCUUCUUCUCUAAGGGGGAGUAUAUGGUGCUGUGCGGCUCCGACAGGCAGGCGGCGCUCUACACUCGAGACGGGGUCCGGCUGGGCAGCAUCGCGGAGCAGAACGCCUGGGUCUGGAGCUGCCGGGUCAAACCCGACUCCAAUUAUGUGGUUCUGGGCUGUCAGGAUGGCACCAUUGCCUUCUUCCAGCUGAUCUUCAGCACGGUUCACGGCCUCUAUAAGGACCGCUACGCCUACAGGGACAGCAUGACGGACGUCAUCGUGCAGCACCUCAUCACGGAGCAGAAAGUGCGCAUCAAGUGUCGUGAGCUGGUCAAGAAGAUCGCCAUCUACCGCAGCCGACUGGCCAUCCAGCUGCCCGAGAAGAUCCUGAUCUACGAGCUGCACUCCGACGACUGCGCAGACAUGCACUACAGAGUGAAGGAGAAGAUCUGCAGACGCUUCGAGUGCAACCUGCUGGUGGUGUGUUCACAACACAUCAUCCUGUGUCAGGAGAAGCGUCUGCAGUGUCUGUCCUUCACUGCGCUCCGGCAGAGGGAGUGGCUGAUGGAGUCUCUGAUCCGCUACAUCAAGGUGAUCGGGGGCCCGGCGGGGCGAGAGGGGCUGCUGGUGGGCCUGAAGAAUGGAGCGAUCCUGAAGAUCUUCGUGGAUAACCCGUUCCCCAUCACACUGCUGAAGCAGAACACGUCUGUGCGCUGUCUGGACAUGAGCUCCAGCCGCAGCCGUCUGGCAGUGGUGGACGAACACAACACCUGCCUGGUGUACGACAUACACACCAGAGAGCUGCUGUUCCAGGAGCCCAAUGCUAACAGUGUGGCGUGGAACACUCAGUGUGAGGAUAUGCUGUGUUUUUCCGGCGGGGGCUUCCUCAACAUCAAGGCCUGCAGUUUCCCGGUGCACCAGCAGAAGCUGCAAGGGUUCGUGGUGGGCUACAACGGCUCCAGGAUCUUCUGUCUGCACGUGUACUCCAUGGCUGCGGUGGAGGUCCCGCAGUCAGCUCCCAUGUACCAGUAUCUGGAGCGCCGGAUGUUCCAGCAGGCCUACAGCAUUGCCUGUCUGGGUGUGACGGACAGUGACUGGAGGGAUCUGGCAACCGAAGCUCUGGAGGGACUGGACUUCCACACCGCCAAGAAGGCCUUCAUCAGGGUUCGAGACCUGCGCUAUCUGGAGCUCAUCAGCAGCAUUGAGGAGAGGAAGAAGCGUGGGGAGACUGAUAACCAGCUCUUCCUGGCAGAUGUGUUUGCCUAUCAGGGAAAGUUCCAUGAGGCCGCUAAGCUGUACCGGAGGAGCGGGCAGGACGGACGGGCCCUCAGCAUGUACACAGACCUGCGCAUGUUCGACUACGCCAAGGAUUUCCUUGGCUCAGCGGACCCUAAAGACACGAAGCUGCUGAUGAAGAAGCAGGCGGACUGGGCGAAGAACAGCAGAGAGCCGAGAGCGGCGGCGGAGAUGUACCUGAGCGCAGGAGAACACCUGAAGGCCAUCCAGAUCAUCGGGGAACACGGCUGGGUGGACAUGCUGAUAGACGUGGGCCGGCGGCUGGAUAAGGCGGAGCGUGCGGCUCUGUCCCGCUGUGCAGUGUUCCUCCAGCAGCUCCAGCAGCACGGAUACGCUGCAGAACUCUACAGCAAGAUGGGGGACCUGCGUGCACUGCUGCAGCUGCAUGUGCACGCCACACACUGGGACGAGGCCUUCUCUUUAGUGGAGAAACACCCGCAGUUCAGAGAUGAUGUGUAUGUGCCGUACGCUCAGUGGCUGGCAGAACACGACCGCUUCGAGGAGGCGCAGAGAGCGUUCCACAAAGCGGGCCGGCAGGCGGAGGCGGUGCGGGUGCUGGAGCAGCUUACCCAUAAUGCAGUGGUGGAGAGCCGCUUCAGCGAUGCCUCGUACUACUACUGGAUGCUGUCGAUGCAGUGCCUGGACAUCGCCAGAGAGGACAGUCAGCAGAAGCAGGAGAUGCUGAAGAAGUUCCACAGUUUCCAGCAUCUGGCGGAGCUUUACCACGUCUAUCACUCUGUCCACCGCUACAUGUCUGAGCCGUUCAGCUCCAACAUGCCGGAGAUCCUGUUCAACAUCUCCCGCUUCCUGUUCCACAACCUCAGCACACACACACCCAUGGGCAUCUCUAAAGUAGAUACACUCUACGCUCUGGCCAAGCAGAGUAAGCUCCUGGGAGCGUAUAAAGUGUCUCGACACGCCUUUGAGAAACUGCAGAGUCUGAAGAUCCCGGCCAGAUACCAGGACAGUGUGGAGCUCAGCAGCCUGACGGUCCGCUCCAAACCCUACCGCGACAAUGAGGAUCUGAUCCCGAUGUGUUACCGAUGCUCCACUAAUAACCCACUGCUCAACAAUCAGGGAAACUCCUGCAUCAACUGCAGACAGCCCUUCAUCUUCUCUGCCUCCUCGUAUGAGGUGCUCCCCCUGGUGGAGUUUUAUUUGGAUCAGGGCAUCAGUGAUGAGGAGGCCGUGUCUCUGAUUGAUCUGGAAGUUCCUCGUGUGGAGAAAAACAAGAGCUGGCAGGAGAUGAGCAGCGGCGAGUCUCAGUGUCUGAAGCUGGAGGACGGGCCUGAUGACCCAGAGGACGACCCAUUCACUGCUAAACUCAGCUUUGAGCAGGGGGGCAGUGUGUUUGUGCCGGUGCGGGUCAGUCGUGCAGUGCUGCGCUCCAUGUCCAGACGGGAUGUGCUGAUCAAGCGUUGGCCCGCUCCGCUCAGCUGGCAGUACUACCGCUCGCUCCUGCCCGACGUCAGCAUCACCAUGUGCCCAUCCUGCUUCCAGAUGUUCCACAGUGAGGACUAUGAGCUGUUGGUUCUCCAGCACAGCUGCUGCCCGUUCUGCCGCCGACCCAUCGACGAGUCCUGCUAACACACACUCCUGUUCACCCCGGUAUGAUCAUCAGUCCUGCUAACACACACUCCUGUUCACCGCGGUAUGGUCAUCAGUCCUGCUAACACACACUCCUGUUCACCGCGGUAUGGUCAUCAGUCCUGCUAACACACACUCCUGUUCACCGCGGUAUGAUCAUCAGUCCUGCUAACACACACUCCUGUUCACCCCGGUAUGAUCAUCAGUCCUGCUAACACACACUCCUGUUCACCGCGGUAUGAUCAUCAGUCCUGCUAACACACACUCCUGUUCACCGCGGUAUGAUCAUCAGUCCUGCUAACACACACUCCUGUUCACCGCGGUAUGGUCAUCAGUCCUGCUAACACACACUCCUGUUCACCGCGGUAUGGUCAUCAGUCCUGCUAACACACACUCCUGUUCACCGCGGUAUGAUCAUCAGUCCUGCUAACACACACUCCUGUUCACCGCGGUAUGAUCAUCAGUCCUGCUAACACACACUCCUGUUCACCGCGGUAUGAUCAUCAGUCCUGCUAACACACACUCCUGUUCACCGCGGUAUGGUCAUCAGUCCUGCUAACACACACUCCUGUUCACCGCGGUAUGAUCCGCUCUGAGCCGCUGUAAACCCGUCAGUAAAUGCCAGCUCAGCACAGCUCUGAUAGGAUUACACAGAUCAACACAAAGCAGAUUGCAGAGGUGCUGGACACACACACACACACACAGCUCAUUACACCCCUGCGCAUCCACACGUCUCUCAUGUUGGAGGUGUUUUUAAUAAAGAUUAAUAUUUCAGUC